AUGUUCAAAAAGGCCGUUAAGGACCAUCCUGGAGGGGUUCAUAAACCUCUUCAGUCUAAUUUCCUGCGCGCAAACACAAUUGUGACCUCCAAGCCUUCACCACCUCCUCCCCAAUCCUCCGGCGUCAAGCGCAAGAUAGAGAUGCACAAUGGCGGGGAGUCCUCACUCGGUUCCCUCCACAGCUCUGUUUACUUUGACGAAAACGACUUUGAUGAUGACCUCGACCUUGAUAUCGAUGAACCUCUUCCGUUUACCGCGCCGGCCGUCAGUAAACCUACGAAGCCGGACAUUGUGACUUAUCCCACCAUCGACCUUACAAGCUCGAACGAUAAUAAUGCGGCGCCUCUUAAUGGAAGCCAGCCGCAGUCAAAUAUAACAUAUCCGGAAUUGCCACCUGCCUCGCAGGAACGUGCCGCGCCUUCAAGCAGCAUCCAAAUCCCGUGGUCCUCCUCCCCACCUUCUCACUUCCAGCCGCCUCCCAGACCGCGCACUCUGCCAUGGCUGAAGGAAGCCAAGGAAGAACCCGAUCAAGAAAAGAAGGAACUUCCCAGAUUUGUGACACCGAAGCGUACAAAGCCGUCAGAACCUUGGAACAAGAGUGCGAGCGCGAUCAAGGAAGAGCAGAAAGAAUUGAGGCGGGAAUACAAGAAGAAUCAAAAAGGCGAGGAAGUCCCACAACCCCAGAGCGAGGAAAAGGUUGCCGGCAUAUUCCUGAGCGAUGAACAAAAGGCUGUUCUCGAUGCCGUUGUUGAACGUGGAAAGAGUAUCUUCUUCACUGGAUCGGCAGGUACUGGAAAGUCCGUCCUCAUGCGAGAGAUCAUCAAACACUUGCGCAGAAAAUACAAGCGAGAGCCAGAUCGAGUAGCGGUGACGGCAUCCACAGGCCUCGCAGCUUGUAACAUCGAGGGUGUCACUCUUCACAGCUUCGCCGGCAUUGGACUGGGCAAAGAGGCCGUGCCUGAAUUGGUUAAGAAGAUUAAGAAGAACCAAAAAGCACGAAACCGCUGGCUACGCACCAAGGUUCUCGUCGUUGAUGAAGUGUCGAUGGUUGAUGGGGACCUUUUUGAUAAACUCGAGGAAAUUGCCCGGCGCAUUCGCAACAACGGGCGUCCAUUUGGAGGCAUUCAACUCGUUGUGACUGGUGACUUCUUCCAAUUGCCACCGGUGCCGGAUGGAAGCAACCGCGAGGCAAAGUUUGCGUUCUCCGCGGCUUCCUGGAAUACUUGUAUCCAGCACACCAUCCUUCUGACCCAUGUAUUCCGUCAACGUGAUCCUGAGUUUGCGGCGAUGCUUAAUGAGAUGCGACUGGGCAACAUUAGCCCGUCGACAAUCGAUGCGUUCAGGAAGCUCUCCAGGCCGCUCAACUUCCAUGACUCGCUUGAUGCAACUGAAUUGUUCCCUACGCGUUCUGAGGUUGAGAACGCAAAUUCUCAGCGGAUGCAUAGACUCUCUGGCGAGCUCAUGACAUUUAACGCUGUGGAUUCUGGCACCAUCCAGGACGUCCAACAUCGCGAGAAACUCCUGUCUAACUGCAUGGCCCCGCAAACUAUUCACCUCAAAAAAGGCGCCCAAGUGAUGCUUAUCAAAAACAUGGAGGACAGCCUUGUCAACGGAUCUAUUGGACGAGUAGUUGCCUUUAUGGACGAAUCGACCUUUGACUAUUAUCGAGACAACGAAGGGGACUUUGCCGGAGGUGAUGGCAAUGCAAGUGACGAUGAAGGUCUCGCUCGUGCAAGGAAGAAGCUCAAGCCCAUGGCACACAAGGAAGGCGGAGUUACCGUGACGCGAAAAUGGCCGCUGGUAUGCUUUGUGCAGCCCGAUGGCACCGAAAGACAUCUACUUUGUCAACCCGAGGCUUGGAAAAUUGAGCUUCCCAACGGAGAAGUUCAAGCGCAACGUCAACAAGUGCCAUUGAUUCUGGCGUGGGCCCUUUCGAUCCACAAGGCCCAAGGUCAGACUCUCCAGCGAGUUAAGGUCGACUUGGGUCGAGUUUUCGAGAAGGGUCAGGCCUAUGUGGCUCUGAGUCGGGCAACCUCUCAGGCCGGACUACAAGUUACUCGUUUCGAGCCUCGAAAGGUUAUGGUUCACCCUAAGGUUGUCGAUUUCUAUAAUAACUUGGUGUCCAUCAACCAAGUCAUCAAGCCCAAGAAAACCGGCAGUGGGUUUGAAAAUGGACUUGAUGAGUUCAUAAAUGCUAUAUAG